ACAGCCAUGAUAGACUGCAGUGGAUUGAGUCUGGGGCUUAGGAACAGGUUGGCGAUCCUUACGUGAGACCUGUACUCUCUCGGUCUGGUAGCGGUGCACCAUUUUGGUCGAUAAACGCUUCGCUUCCGCCUUGAUCUUCAACCAGUCAGCAAGGUCAUGCAGGUUAUAUGGGUUGAGGCUGUCAGUGUGCAAUUGGCCUCGCAAAUGUAAGUGCUCUAUAAAACUAUCUCGGUAGUGUUUGGGCAAUUUACGCAGAAGUCUGUCGACAUGCCCCGAACUCUCGCCCCUGUGGACCCUUGAGUGACCUCAGCAUACCAACUAGCAAGUCAACAUUGAGUGCAAAACUCUGAAAGGCCUUCGCAUCUCCAACUCUGAUAUCAGGUGAAUUCAGCAGGGCUGCGACUUCGCUUUGUGCCAGUUGAUGAAGCUGGCCAUACUGUCGGCAUUUUCCCUGGUCAUGUCUUGUUCUGUGUUGCAGGAGGAGCCAGUGAGCCUGGCGGAUAUACCGGAGGCUUACCACGACUUGAGAGUGGUGUUCAAUCACUCCCCACUCCAGCCCCUGAUCUCCGCCCCUCCGCCUCCCAGACUCAUCGAGGGGUCGCCAGCCUAUACUGUAGGGGUAGAGGUUACCACCUACCUGGUAGACUGGGAGGGUUAUGGUCCGGAGGAGAGAUGCUGGAUUCCGGCUCGUGACAUUCUGGACCGUGCUCUCAUUGAUCAGUUUCAUCAGCAUCGUGGACUCGUAGCACGGAGAUCCAGCAGCUUGUGUGGUCCGCAGACUCUGCCGGCCAGCUCUGAACUACCAACCCUAACUUCAACCCCAGCUGCUGGGACUCAGCGCCAGUCAGCCCAGACUCCCAGGACUCCUCAGGGCAGAAAUCCCCAAGAGAACCAAGACAAAUUCCCAAUGUCAGACAAAAGAUUCCAAAGAAAGGUGCUGAUGCAUCUUAUAGAAAUAAAAGAAGUGGUCAGAAGAAUUGGGCAAAGGGUGGAACCAGACACUGUGUUCCACCUGUCUAUGGAGGAGUUCCAAUACUUUGAAAGGCAGCUGGAAAGUGGGGAGACCCGAGCAGCAAUGGUGUCAAAGUUGUGCAAAAUAGGAGGAAGAAACAUCAAAGACUGUACCAGAAGGAUGCUGGACAGGUAA